CUUGGCUCUUCAACCUCACUUCAUCCCUCCCUCCAUGCGACCUUCUUCGCUCAUCACCACCUCAUCAUCAGAUUGAGAACCUCAUAAGACCCAAUCACAACAAUCAUGUCCAAAUUCAGCCAAUACCUAGGCGAUCCGCCCGCCAUUGACGGCAAGUCAACUAUAGACUCCAUUGUGAACCAUGGCCAUCAGGAUCUGGUCCAGGCCGUUGCAUUCAACAGCUACGGCGACCGUUGCGCGACUGGGUCCGUCGACGGCAAGAUUCGCGUCUUCAAUAGACACAAAGAUGGCAAGUGGCGCGUUUGCGAUAGCUGGAGUGCCCACGGCGGUGAGAUUCUAGAGCUUCAAUGGCUUCCCCCAACCAUCUACCCGAACCUUCUCGCCUCCCUCGGCAUCGAAGGACGCUUCAAGCUCUGGGCCGAAAACCCCUCAGCCGCCCCCGGUCGUCGCUUUGGCGUCAACCUCACUGGGCACGGCGGGCACCACGGUGGUGCCAACACCCUCUCGUCUCGUCGCGACGUCGGCGGUGGCCUCUCCUCUCUUUCCUCAGGCGACAGCAAACCCACGCCGGCCUUUGACUACCGCAACCCCAAAUCGCCCAUCCGCUCCUUCAGCCUCAAGCACAACGACGACACGCGACACACCUACCUAGCCCUUUUAUCUGUGGACGGCACGCUCGAAGUCCUGGAAAACGAAACACCAGAGAACAUCACCGAGUUCUCCCGCAUCGACCAAUUCACCGUUUGCCCAAAACCCUCCCGAGGUGAGGAGACCUCCUUCCGGGUGCGCUUUGACCCCAACCAGGAUGUGUGUUACACCGCUUUGCGGGCGGGCGUGCCCACGGAUGCGCUGGGACUGGUGGUGGCGGCUAUGGAUUCGGUCAAGGUGUACAGGACUAGAGACACGGUCAGCGCCAGCUUGGGCGUAGCCACGGCUGCGAAGGAGUUUUAUCUCGCUGCGGAGAUCAGUCCGAAGGAUCCAGUUGCGGGGCAUAGAGGGCUGGUGAGAGACGUGGCGUGGGCGCCGGGGAAUAUCAGGGGGUAUGAUAUCGUGGCGACGGCGUGUCAGGAUGGGUAUGUGAGGGUCUUUGGACUGUCGACGCCGGCGCUGCAGAUGCAAGCACAAGGGAUGGAGGGAACCAGGGGAUGGGGAGUGGGGGAGAUGAGGAAGCAUCAGGAGGGGAGGAGAGAAGAAGGCGGUGGUGGUGGUGGGACUGCUGCGGCUAGAGCUUUGGCGGGCUCGGCGGCGCAGCAUGGCGGUGGGCAGGAUGCCCAUUUGAAGUCGGGGAUUAGAGCUGGGUUGGCGGAUCAGUCGAGGUUGAGUGGGACCGCGGGAGAUAGGUUGAGGUUGGGUGGGCAACAGCAGCCGGGCCAGGUUAGACAUGUGGUCACGGAAGUUGCGAGGCUUGAUAGCCAUCGGACGCCGGUGUGGAGGGUGGGGUUUGAUGAUGACGGGCAGAUUUUGGGUAGCGUGGGUGACGAGGGUAAGUUGAUGUGCUAUCGACAGACACCGGAUGGGUCGUGGGCAAAGAGCGCAGAGUUGGCGAUGGUGAAGAUGAGGAUGGCUGCGCCGUAAGGGGUGGCUAGGCUCUUUUCAUAACUACCUCUAUCGAUGUUGUCGUUCUGAUAUCCGCUGCCUACAUCCUGUCUCGGCCCAGCAUCGUAUCAUUUCGUGUAUUCGAAUUCCCGGACAUUACUAGGAGAGUGUGGCCGGAUGGUAUUCCUUCCUUGGCAAGCGGCUGCGGCUGGAAGCCCCUUCCGUCCAACUUGUUGACUUUUUAGUGCAACUGAAGUGUUUGGAUUUGUUCAAUCGCGUUGGGAAGGAGUGAUCUUGGUGGCGGAAAAGAUAGUCCCCCGGUGACUUUGACAGCCAAGUCGAACUUCUGAAUCCCAACAACAAUAGGCAUCCAGAUUAGGUGGUCAUCAGCAUUACCGUCGUCCAGGCAUACCUCUAUAUACAGUCACCACUACAUUUACCGUCAGGUCAACUAUUAGCUAUCACCAUGUCAGCUAUGAGUC